CCUGAUCUUCAUUACAACUCUAAUCCCGACCAUCUAUUUUGCGCCCAAUUAGAAAGCGGCUGGCUUUUCUUCACCGGCGAUUUCCCAUCGUCUCUGUUGAUUUUAGCUCGAACCCGAUCGUCUCUGGGAAUACCGUUUAUUUAUAAAGAUUCAAACUUAUAUAUCUUAAGACUGAAUGAUCUAAUGGAGUCCAAAGGGGGAAAGAAGAAGUCUAGUAGUAGUAAUAGUAGUAGUACAUCCAUAUUCUACGAUGCUCCCCUUGGCUAUAGCAUUGAAGACGUCCGACCAAACGGUGGAGUCAAGAGGUUCAGAUCUGCUGCGUACUCAAACUGCGCUCGCAGACCAUCCUGAUAUUUAUUAACUGGUGCUUGGCUCACGUUUUUUUUGACGUGGUGCAACUAAAACUACUUGCUGUUCUGUUUUCUUUAAAAAGUUAAUACAAAAACCCGCCUUUUCUUUCACCUUUACGCUUAUAUAUUUUUCUCCCAUUUUGGUUUUCAUUGAAACUGUUUCUGGCUUCAAAAACUGCAUUCUUUUGGAAAUGGCCAUGUCGGUCUCUGCAAUUGGUUUCGAAGGGUAUGAGAAGAGGCUUGAAAUUUCUUUCUUCUCACCCAGCAUCUUUGCCGAUGCUGAAGGGAAAGGCCUUCGAUCCCUUUCCAGAACCCAGUUAGACGAGUUCUUGGGACCUGCCGAGUGCACAAUAGUUUCUUCGCUGUCGAAUGAGUUUGUGGACUCUUACGUCCUCUCUGAAUCAAGCCUCUUCGUCUAUCCCUACAAGAUAGUCAUCAAAACAUGUGGAAACACCAAACUGCUCCUAUCAAUCCCUCCCAUCUUGAAGUUGGCCGGGUCACUCUCUCUUGAAGUACAAUCCGUGAGGUACACCCGCGGGAGCUUCAUCUUCCCAGAGGCUCAGCCAUCUCCUCACCGUUUCUUCUCAGAAGAAGUUGCCAUUCUAAAUGGCUUUUUCGGAAAUCUCAGCUCAGGAAGUGAGGCUUAUAUCUUGGGAAGUUGUAACAAACCACAGAAAUGGCACGUGUACUUUGCUUCAGCUUCUUCUACUACUGUCCAGUCCCAGAAGAAUGCUGCUUACACACUGGAAAUGUGUAUGACUGGUUUGGAGAGAAAAAAGGCUUCUGUGUUUUACAAACAUGAUUCUAGCUCAGCAGCGAUCAUGACCGUUGAAUCUGGAAUCAGGAAGAUACUUCCAAGAUCUGAAAUAUGCGCUUUUGAGUUUGACCCUUGUGGUUACUCAAUGAAUUCUAUUGAAGGAACAGCCCACUCCACCAUCCAUGUCACUCCAGAAGACGGAUUUAGCUAUGCUAGCUUUGAAGCUUCUGGGUAUGACCUCAGAGCUAUGAAUCUUGGGGAAUUGAUCAAGAGGGUGUUGGCGUGUUUCAUGCCGAGAGAAUUUUCCAUUGCUGUCCAUGCUGACGUGGCAACAAAGGCGCUGGAAUCUGUUUGUUCGGUGGACUUGAACGGAUACUUUCUUGGCGAGAGGUGCAAGGCAGAGUUUGGGAGUGGUGGAUCCAUUGUUUACCAGAAGUUUGUGAGGAAUUACGCUUACCGUUCGACCAGGCCUGUUCUGAAAGGCUGCUCUUUGUGAAGGAAGAAGAAGAGUGAUACUUUGCGUUGUUUUCGCGGUACUCUCCUCUUGUUAUCUCUGUUCUGUCUAUAUUACUGUCAGUAUAUUUCAUGGUUUGUUGUUUGUUCGCACAUAACCUACUUUUUAAGGGGUUUGGGGGUUGGAUAUUGGGUUUGGGCCAAUAUCCCUACAUAUGUUGUACUCUACUGUAACUUAAAAAUUGA